AAGGGGUAAAAGCGUAAACUAGCCACCAUCGUCUUCGUGUAUAGGGUUUAUGCCCAACGAGCAUUCAGCAAUCUGACUUCUGACAUCACUCAAACUAGCCACCAUCACCAAAACCGUUACGCCGUUCGGUAUGCGGCAAUGUUAAACACAUCUCACCACUAGCAUUUUUCCGUCACCGUCACCGUUAAGAAUGAGGUAUUCACGCUUCCUACAAUUUUCACUCUUCCGCAAAACCCUAACUCAAAACCCUAAUUUCACAUCUCCUCAAAUUUCAAGACCCUACAUUCUUUCACCAAAUCAACACCAAUUCAAUCGAAAAUCCCAAUGCGAAUCCACCUCCAUACGCAAUUACAACACCGCAUCGCCAGAUUCCGAGAAGGUGUCAGCGAUUGUUGACGAACUCAUGGGAUUAACGCUACUGGAAGUGAUGGACCUGGUUGAUGUGAUGAGGGAGAAAAAGGGAAUCAAUGAGCUUCCGAUUAUGAUGUUGAUGGUGCCAGGGAUGGGAAUCAGAGGCUUGCCGAAGGGUUUGGGUGGAGCUAAAGGUGGUGGAGGUGAAAAGGGAGAGGAGAAGAAGGUUGAGAAGACGGCGUUUGAUGUGAAGCUCGAUGGUUUUGAUGCUGCGUCCAAGAUUAAGAUUAUAAAGGAAGUUAGGACGUUUACUAGUUUGGGUUUGAAGGAAGCUAAGGAUUUGGUGGAGAAAGCGCCUACGCUUUUGAAGAAAGGUGUGACGAAGGAGGAGGCGGAGAGUAUUAUUGCUAAGUUGAAGGAGGUUGGAGCAAAAGCUUCCAUGGAAUAAUAAGGAAAAAGUCAGGAUGAAAAACAAAACAGGGCGAGGUGAUUUUGUUUUUGUAGCAGCUAGUUCCUUACACCCAUGUUUCCAUUGGCAGGGGAUGGAAGUUAUUGGAGGUCUUCUCAUAAUGCAGAGAUGUUACUUUUAUAUUUGAAAACUUAACUUAGCUCAUUAUGCACCUACCUCUCUCCCUAUGUCAUUUCUAUUUUUCCUUUGUAUCAGGUUCUUUUUGCUCUUAAUUUUUUUUAAUCAUUUUUUGACCAAUGUUGUAGAAUUGAUUUAUGAUGGAGUUUUAGACCCAAUUGGAUGUCCACUGAACCAUAAUAACCAUACAAUCAUUUGUAAUGAGCAACUGGAAUUUGAGUUGCAACCAACAACAUGACUGCAGUCUCUUCAACUUCUUUUGACUGUGUUCAGUUUUGUAAAACUGAUGUUACCAAACUUUUUUGCGGUGCAACGUGCAUGCUGCACCUCAUUCCCAUUUUAUCCCAUCCGUUUCAUGAUCGGUGAUUCAAGCCAAGUCAUUAUGUAUUCCCUAGAAUGUGAAUGUUAAAUUGAAUAUUAUUAUUAUUUCAAAAUUUGUAAA